AUGAUAUUGGCCAAAGUGGACGGAAUCCAACGUCGACGUUGGUUGAAGAAUUCUUUGAAACCUUCUGGUGUUUGGGUCAUGGCAUCAGAGGCGGCACAGUACUCGACACGCCCCUGUAUAUCUAUCUAUCUAUCUAUCUAUCUAUCUAUCUAUCUAUCUAUCUAUCUAUCUAUCUAUCUAUCUAUAUAUAUAUAUCUUUAUUAUCUAUUGCUAUGGUGUACCUAUCAGUCAUUUAUUACCUGUGACCAUCGUUUCUUUCGACGACUCAUUUCUCUGUCUUUGAUGUGCGCUAUGAGACAGUUGCCACCGGGCAGAUUCCAUACGAGGCGGCCACCGAAUGUUAGAGCGGUUUUUCGUGUGUCUUGUUUUGUUUUGUUUCUAUCUAUCUAUCUAUCUAUCUAUCUAUCUAUCUAUCUAUCUAUCAGCACACAUACACAUACUGAUGUAUACAGUAAAAUGACAUUAAAAUUACACGUUCCUGAAAUAAAAAUUAACAAUCUAUCUAUCUAUCUAUCUAUCUAUCUAUCUAUCUAUCUAUCUAUCUAUCUAUCAGAUCGGGAUCGUAGUGUCAUUGUGAAAUCCACGAUCGUUUAA